AUGAUAGAAGACCUCAAACACGAUCCAGACGAUCAACCCGUCUGUAAUUUCUUCGACAUCCACUCCCCGAUGACCAAGGAAUUCCACGAAGACAUCGGCAGCUACUGCCCCCCAAUCCCAGUUGUCAAUACCCCAAUGGCAUUGAUACCCCAAGCUUACAACUGCGGUGAUGACACCGACACCGGAUAUUCAAGUGAUUCCACCGAUUCUGACCCUCAAAAGUUGAGGCCCCCAAAGCACAUGCUCCAUGUCGAGCGCCCAACCAGACUCGAUUCUCAAAAAUGCAGGAAACUGAGCAUCAUCCCAAAGACGUAUUACUAUAAUACUCCCACUGAUAUUCCCGGAACAUCUACCAGAACACCCCUCGCGGAGCUUGUAGCUCAAUCGGUGCUGGGCACGGCAUGCGUGGAGCCGGAGAAUCCCCUACCUGCUAAGACUCAACUUAUUUCUGACCCAUCCAGGCUUUGCAAUGACCGUACUGUCGCUUUGCAGCGAUUUAGAAGAUCGAGGACAAGGAAUUUUUUCCAUCCAUAUGCACAGGAAAUCGGCGCCAUCCAAGCCCUGAAAGAAGUCGCCUCCAGCCCCGAUGAGGUGGCCGCCAAGUUCGCCUCCGAAGCCCUGACCGUCAUCGGCGAGGAGCUGCCCUACCAGCUGGCCCAACAAGUCCCCUGCUGGACAACGGCUGACGUGCAGUACUGGGUGAAAAAGAUCGGCUUCGAGCAAUAUGCCGAGGCAUUCCGGGAGAAUAUGGUCGACGGAGACCUGUUGCUCCAUUUGACGGAGAGGGACCUCGAGGAUGACCUCAAAAUCCAUUCCGGGAUCUUGAGAAAGAGGUUCUUGAGAGAACUGGAGAGCCUGAAGAUUGCUGCCGACUACAGUUCCGUGGAUGACACGCAGUUGGACCAGUUUUUGAUGUCGUUGAGCCCGGAAUUGUCGGUUUAUACAUAUCAGAUGCUCACCGCCGGCAUCAACCGACCACUCCUCCCCAACCUCACCGACGACAUGAUGCAAAAAGCCUGCGGCAUCACCAACCCGAUCCAUCGCCUCAAGCUCAAAAACGCAUUCCAAGACGCCAAGCACAUCGACGACAUCGAGAUCGCGCUCCUGAGGCAGCAAAUCGACGUCUUCAUCUCGUACCGAAGGAGCACGGGCAACCAGCUGGCCUCCCUGAUCAAGGUGCUGCUCCAGCUGCGCGGCUACAAGGUGUUCAUCGACGUCGACAAGUUGUACGCCGGGAAAUUUGAUUCGUCUUUGCUGAAGAACAUCCAGGCGGCCAAGCAUUUUAUUUUGGUGUUGACCAAGGAUUCGUUGGAUCGUCUUCUAAAUGAUCACAAUUGUGAGGAUUGGAUUCAUAAGGAGCUCCGCUGCGCUUUUGAGCACCAGAAAAACAUCAUCCCGCUCUUCGACUCCAACUUCGAGUUCCCUGUCAACGACCAAGAGAUCCCGUCUGACAUCCGGAUGAUCACCAAGUACAACGGUGUCCGCUGGGUGCACGACUACCAAGAAGCCUGCAUGGACAAGGUCGAGAAGUUCAUCAAGGGCGAGCUGAACAGGCAGCCGUCGGUCAAUCAGCCCUCCCUCCCGGCCACCGCCUCACAUCCGGCUGUCGUGACGGCCCGAAAAUCGCCGCGCUGGAACCCUAGCAGCCGCCAGCCGAGCAGCGGGUCGCGCAGCAAUCUGGCAAGGCUGGACGCGCCGCCAACACCAUCAUUCGGCGGCUCCAUCGAAAAGCAAAGACGAAAGGCGUUCCACACGAGCGCGAGCACCGUCAGCACUGGGACUCAC